CCGACAGGCCCCGAGAGGCCCCGGCCCGGCGGCGGCAGCGGCCAUGGCUGGGGGCCUGGACCCGGGGACGCCGGAUGCCCCCAGCGCCCAGCACUUCUUGUACGAGGUGCCGCCUUGGGUCAUGUGCCGCUUCUACAAAGUGAUGGACGCCCUGGAGCCCGCCGAUUGGUGCCAGUUCGCCUCCCUGAUCGUGCGCGACCAGACGGAGCUGCGCCUUUGCGAGCGCUCGGACCGGCGCACGGCCAGUGUCCUGUGGCCCUGGAUUAAUCGCAACGCCCGCGUGGCCGACCUUCUGCGCAUCCUCACGCAUCUGCAGCUGCUGCGCGCGCGGGACAUCCUCACGGCUUGGCACCCUCCAACUGUGUUGCUGCCGACCAGCUCCACAGCCCCCAUAUCCAGCAGCCAGGUCAGCCUGGCAGAGACUCCCAGCCAGAAAGAGCUGUUGUCGCCCACCUGCACCUUCUCCCCAGACCCCCACACCCACUCUGGGCAAGAGUCUAGCCCUACCCCUGACCCCAGUCCAGCGCCCUCAUCGCUGCCUGCUGUCUUUCCGUCCCACCAGCCCAGCCUGGAGAAGCCUGACUCGCUCCUGCCAGGGGUCCAGCCCUUCCCCUUCUGCUGGCCUGUCCACGAGAUCUUCCAGGGCACUCUCAACUUUGCAGACGAGAUGAAGAUUGGGGAGGGCGGCUUCGGGUGCGUGUACCGGGCCGUGCUGCGGAACACGGUUUAUGCCGUGAAGAGGCUGAAGGAGGAGGCGGACUUGGAGUGGAGUGCAGUGAAACAGAGCUUUCUGACCGAGGUGGAGCAACUGUCACGGUUUCGUCACCCCAACAUUGUGGACUUUGCUGGUUACUGUGCCCAGAGUGGCUUGUACUGCCUGGUGUAUGGCUUUCUGUCCAGUGGCUCCCUGGAGGACCGGCUCCACGGCCAGCAAAUCCGGGCCUGGCCCCCUCUCUCGUGGCCCCAGCGCCUGUGCAUCCUGGUAGGCACCGCCCGCGCCAUUCAGUUUCUGCACCAGGACCAGCCCAGCCUCAUCCAUGGUGACAUCAAAAGUUCCAAUGUCCUCCUGGAUGAGAGUCUGAGGCCCAAGCUGGGGGACUUCGGCCUGGCCCGCCUCAGCCGCUUUGCCACAGCCAACCCAAGCCAGAGCAGCACUGUGGCCCGCACACGCUCCAUCCGCGGCACCCUAGCCUACCUGCCUGAGGACUAUGUGAAGACUGGCCGCCUGACCGUGGACACUGACACCUUCAGCUUUGGCGUGGUGCUGCUGGAGUCGCUGUCUGGCCAGCGGGCUGUGAGGAUGCAGGGCAACAGUGCCAAAUACCUGAAAGACCUAGUUGCGGAGGAGGCCGAGGAGGCCAGCUUGGCCCUCUCCAGUCCCCUGAAUACAGUGCAGGUGAGCACAGCUGUGGAAGCCUGGGCCGUAUCCGUCGCCUCCCGGAUCUACAAUAAACACGUGGACCACAGGCCUGGGCCAUGCCCGCCUGAGCUGGGCCUAGCACUUGGCCAGCUGGCCUGCUACUGCCUGCACCGCCGAGCCAAGAGGAGGCCUCCCAUGACCCAGGUGUACGAGCAGCUGGAGACGCUGCAGGCCACACUGGCAGGCCUGUCACUGGAGCCUGAGCCUGCCAUCCGCAGCCCCCCUUCUCCACAGGAGGACUCCUAUGAGUCAACUGCUGGCAGUGCCCUGAGCAGUGCCAACCUGUGGCAGAAUCCGGCCAAGCUCUCGCUGGCCCCAGUGCCACUCCACAGAGGCUCCAACCAGCCAGAGGAGAGUGAGGAGAGUGAGGCCAGCAUAGGCCCCCUGUCUGCAGCCCUGCACUCCUGGCACUUGAGCCCCAGCCACACCCCAGGCAGCCCUGCUCCACGAGUAGCCCUGGGCACCCCAACCCCCACAGGGCCUGACAGCUGGAUGCAAGGGGGCACCAUGAAAGCUGUGGAAGGGUCCCUUCCAGGCAGCUCCACAUCCUCCCAGCCACCCCAGAUCAUCAUCAACCCAGCCCGGCAAAAGAUGCUGCACAAGCUAGCCCUAUACGAGGGUGGCAUCCUGGACAGCCUGCAGCUGCUCUCGGCCAGCUCCCUGCCGUCCACCCCAGGCAGCCAGUGGCCUGAGGAGAGUGAUGAGUUCCACAGCUGACCUUUUGCUUGGGCCCCAGACCCAGAAGUCAAAGUUCUCAUGGAGCAUGUGCCAACCUGGGGACCCACCCAAGGCAGCUGCUCCAAACCCUGCUGGGGACAUGCACAGUCCCAUUUGGGGAGUUGGGAGGGGCCUGGUGAGCACUGAGAACCCCAGUUAGGUUCUGCCCAGCCUUUCUGCAGCCGAUCACUUGAAGAAGUGAGGUAUGACAUGCCAGUGUCCUGGCAAGAUGCGAAAGUUCGAGAAUCCCCAGAGUGCCGCAGUGUACCUUCAUUGGACCAGGUGGGCUCCCCAGCCGCCAGCCCAGCACUGAUGCCAACAGAGGGACAGCGCCCCACAAGGUGGGCAACCCAUGAGGAAACCAAAAGGAACAGGUGGGCUGGUGGGGAGCAUUUUCAGGAAAUGAACCUCUGACAGCCUGGUGGUGCCCACAGAGCCUGGUGUAGGGCUGGCCCAGUUGUCGGGAGGAAUAAACACUUACGCCCCUA